UUUGUGUUGCUUUUCAUCAUUAGAAUGAAAAAGAAGAAGACGACGCUACUCUCGUCGCAUGCUUCAACAUUAGCUUUAAGAUGCUGCUAGGUGUAUUCUGACGUUUCUUUUUGUGACGUUAUUAAACUGGUUAUUGAACAAAAAAUGUUGAGCGUGGACCAUUUACAAGUAGCAGAAGAGGAAGUCGUCGACUCUAGCUCGAAUAAACUUGGUGACAUUUACACUUUUGUGGCCAAGGGGUGCUUCCCGCAGACGACGAAUCCCUUAAGGAAGAAGAACCUAAAAAGAUACGCGCAGAAAUUCAUCAUCGACGAUGGAAAGCUCUAUUAUGUAGGGCCAAAGAAAGAAGAAAAGAGAGAGGUGGUCAUUGAGGCUGAGAGGAAGAGGCAGAUUUUUCUCGACUGCCACUUCAAUGACAUCGGACAUCAUUUAGGUCAGAAGAAGACUGUCCAUAGAAUUCAAAGCAAGUACUACUGGCUGGGCAUCAUCAAGGAUGUGGUGGACUGGAUUAAAGUAUGUGAAACAUGUCAGCAUGCAGAGAGGAAUAAAAAUAUGGCGAGGACAGUCCGGCCUAUCAAAGUUGAUGCUCCAUGGGAUAUAGUUGGAAUUGACAUUAUAGGGCCUUUCCCAGAAACCCAGCAAUGCAACACACAUGCUGCAGUUCUCAUUGAUUACUUUAGUAAAUGGCCCGAGGCAUUUCCAGUCCAAAAGACGGAUGCUGUCUCUGUCGCGAGAUGUAUUUCCAAAUGCAUGUCCAGUGAAAAAAGAAUAGCAGAUAGCAAAUCUGUGCUGAUCACUUUGAAACGCCAUGUUUUGAAAAAGACUGACCAGAAAGUCAUCGUGACCUUGAGUGCAAGCAAGAGAACGAAAUCUUUCAGCUGCCAUGCUGUGGCAGUACAGACAAGGUUUGGUGCUCCUAAAACAGUUGUGUGCACACAGAGCGCAGAAUUCUGUGAUGAGUGUGUUGUGGAUUCUUUUUGGCAGGUAACAAAUCUGCUGAGCAACAGAUGGGGCAUCGUGCAGAAAGUCUCUCCUCUGGCCCAACCUCAGCUUAACCCGUUACACGACUGCACCAGUCCGUUGCUGAAAGAGGCCAUUAGAGAGAUGGUGAAGGAAAAGCAGGCAGACUGGGACGACUUCCUGGACCCUCUGCUGUUUCUCUUUAGAACAUCCAUAAACCCCACAACUAAGUUCACUCCUUAUUCGCUCAUGUUUAAUCGGAAAGCUAAUAAUCUUAACCAGGCUACAUUUGGGCCACUAGGAUAUGAUGACGAGCAGGAUCUCUAUUCUGUCAAAGAGAAGGCUUCUACAUACAUGACCAUAAUGCAGGAACAGCAGGACACUGUUAAGCAACUGGUGAUAGCCAACAUGAAAGCAGCCUACAAACAGGAGAAGAGUGUAAAAAGAAAGGCACACAGUAACCCCUCAGUGACUUUAAAAACAUCUGAGCCUCCGUUUUGUGUUGGAGAUCCACAUUCCUCGAAAAAACUGAAAGAAGAGGGUUUAUAUUUGUCGUUCCCUGUGGAGACUGUGCUGGCCACAGAGCAAACCAGCUCUCAAGUUAUAAAAACUGAAUUAACUUAUCACUUCACUGAAUCUGAUGUCCAUUGAGGAUUCAGGACUCUCUUCAAUGUUCAUCUCAGAAGGAGACCACAUUUCAGCAAGGGGUACCUAGAUGGUGUUAAAAUGACGUUUAACACUAACGUUGUAUAACUGGCUCUAAUGAUCAUGAUUAAUUGUGCUUCUUUGCCUGGAAACCAGAUGAAAUACAAUAUUUCUUCAGAAAGUAUUAAAUUAUUUCAGUUCA